AUCGCUUUUCAAAUUCUGUGUUUGUCUGCAAAGGGAAAAAAAAAAAGCGAAAGCAAAACGGAGCGGAAAUGUCGGACGCGAAAGACCCGGCGAUCAAGCUCUUCGGAAAGACGAUUCCGGUGGCGGAAGUUCCGGUCCUCUGCUGCGGCGGCGGCUCUCCAGAAGCUUCUUCUAGUACUGCUGCUGAUGAGGUUGAGGAGGAGGAUUAUGUCAUUAUUAAAAAUACUAACAUUAAUGAUGAUAAUAUUAUGGAUAUGGAUCAGAAGCGAGCUAAUUCUGUCGCGAAUUCUUCUUUUGUGGAGGGCAAUACCGUCAAGGACGGAGAAGAAGAGCAAGACGGCGAUAAUGAUAAGAAGGAAACCACCGGAGAAAAGCCUUCUGAUACUAAAGAAGUAGAUGGAGCACAACCAGUGUCUUCAGAAGAGCAAAGGAAUUCAGAUGCAACUUCUGGAGUUUCCGAGAACCCUAAAACACCUUCUGUUGAGAAGGAGAGUGGUACACCGAAAGCUUCAAAGACUGAAGAAGAACAGAGUGAGACAAGUAAUUCGCAAGAGAAGACCAGCGAGGCAAGUAAUUUGCAGGAAAAGACCCUGAAGAAACCAGACAAGAUACUUCCAUGCCCACGCUGUAAUAGCAUGGACACCAAGUUCUGUUACUACAACAAUUACAAUGUUAACCAACCCCGACACUUCUGCAAGAACUGCCAAAGAUAUUGGACAGCUGGCGGAACCAUGAGGAAUGUCCCCGUGGGAGCUGGACGUCGCAAGAACAAGAACUCAGCUUCUCACUACCGUCACAUAAAUGUUUCAGAAGCUCUUCAGAAUGCCCGAAGUGAUGUUCCAACUGCUGUUCAUGCUCACCAUCCUUCACUAAAAUCUAAUGGCACCGUCCUAACAUUUGGCUCAGACGCACCCCUCUGUGAAUCAAUGGCUUCUGUGCUGAAUCUUGCUGAUAAAACAAUGCAUAAUUGCACACAAAAUGGAUUUCAUAAACCCGAAGAAUUAAGGAUUCCUGUUUCUUAUGGAGGUGGAGAAUAUGGAGAUAAUAGUGCCAAUGGAUCUUCAAUUACAACAUCAAAUUCGAAGGAUGAGACCAGCAAAUAUGGCUCACAAGAGCAAGUCAUACAAAAUUGCCAGAGCUUCCCACCUCAAAUGCCAUGCUUUCCUGGCGCUCCUUGGCCUUACCCCUGGAAUUCUGCUCAGUGGAGCCCUCCAGUGCCACUUCCUGCUUUCUGCCCUCCUGGAUUUCCGAUGCCAUUCUACCCUGCAGCGGCUUAUUGGGGUUGUAGUGUACCAGGCACUUGGAACAUCCCUUGGAUUCCCCAGCCAUCAUCUCCAAAUGUCACUGCCCCAAGUUCCGGUCCAAACUCUCCGACAUUGGGAAAACACUCGAGGGAUGAAAAUCCACUAAAACCCAACUCCUCUGUUGAAGAAGAGCCACCAAAAGAAAGCAAUUCGGAGAGAUGCCUUUGGAUUCCAAAGACAUUGAGGAUCGAUGACCCAGGUGAAGCGGCUAGGAGCUCUAUAUGGGCAACACUGGGGAUCAAAAACGAUAAAGCUGAUUCGAUUAGUGGGGGAGGACUCUUUAAGGCCUUCCGAACAAAGGAUGAUGAAAGGAAUCACGUAGCAGAAAACUCAAAAGUCUUGCAAGCAAAUCCGGCUGCAUUAUCUAGGUCACUAAGCUUUCAAGAGAGCUCAUAAUUUAGUAGCUUAUGAGGCAGUUGGUUCAUAGCAGUGCUGACAGAACUUUGACGCUCAACCGGUAGGACAGAAGUUGAAGAAACGAUCUCUGCAACUGAAUUGUAUGGAUUCAACAGUCCCACAAGCAAGAAUCAUUUGUUAAAUCUAGCCUCGUUGAAAACAUGCGUUGGAAGAUUAUCCUCUCGUUCCUCUUAGGAGAAGGCUUCAUCUUAGUUUAAACUUAAGUUGCCACUUGCCACUGAAAUUUUUUCUUCGUCUACCUGAGUGCUAGCAAAAGAGAACGCCUUUUUUUUUUUUUUUUUCU